AUGCUAAAAGGCGAGUUAUCCAGCCAGGAAUCUGCUACAAUUGAUGACACCGGCGUAAAUGAGGUAUCCAAUGCCAGUGGAGCGGAGACCUCUGUGGAAGGAGAAUGGAAACUGGUUUAUAAGCAUAGUCCAGAUGUCACGGGUAUCAUGGAGAUGGAUAUUGACAGUAGGCCUGAGGAUCUGAGUGUGUCAAUACCAAUGGGCCCACCAGUGGUAACUCUGAGCCAUGGUGGUCGUGGUCGAGGUAGAGGGAAAGGCUCCCCCAUGAGAUUUAAGGAGGAAAAUAUAUCAUCAGAUAGGCAACACCCCCCCAGACGCUCACUCAGACCAAGAGCUGAGAAGAAUUAUGCUGAGACCCCUGAUGUCAUCAUGGUCUCAGAUGAGGAGCGCUUUGUGGAUGAGGACAGCGACGAUGAAUGUCUAGAAAUGCCUCCUCUUCCUCCUGUCAAGGAAUAUACUGAGAAAGAAAUGGAGGAGCGAGAGUUGCUUAUCCGAACCCUGAAGGAAGAGCUUCGAAACGAGGAGAUGAAGCUUGUGCUGAUGCGCAAGUUGCGGCAACAUCAGCUGCAGGCAGCACAACAGCAAAUGAAGGAGGCAACUGCUGUUCCUCUCCUGUCUUCAAGCAUGGAGAAGCAUGGAGGAGCUGCAGUGAAGCCACAGCAGCCACUGGUGGGCUCUGUGCCCCGCAUCCCACAGGCGCAUUCCCUCCCAAAGGCUCCCUCUGGGCUUACUGUCACCCCUGCCUUACCUAAAGGGACUCAGAUCUUGCCGGCAAAGAGCCCAUACGAUCUGCUUUCUAAGGACCGAAGUGGGAGUCCCCUGCACACGCCUCCACCAUACGGCAUGACAUCCCACUCUCAGCGGUCUCGAGACCAUCAACAUUCUCUGUCUCCAAAUCUCUUCAUGGCUCAGCAGGGGCUGCAUGGUCGAGGAUUGAGUCCUCAUGGUGGCCGUGGACCACCUAACAUGGUAAUGGGAUUCCCGCCUGAGCCAAAGCUGGACACACGGGUGCCAAGGGAGGCACACACAGGUCCAGCAAUGACCACAACUUCCCAAUCCCCCAUGGCAGCCCAUUCAAACUCCAUGAGACAGGAAGAGGCUCAGAAUCCUGCACAGAAACAAGCUGCUGCCAAGCUUGCUCUGCGUAAGCAACUCGAAAAGACACUGCUUCAGAUUCCUCCCCCAAAACCACCCCCACCAGAGAUGCACUUUAUUCCAAAUGCAGCCAACACAGAAUUCAUUUAUCUGGUUGGGCUGGAAACAGUGGUGGAUUAUGUGCUGCAUGACUGUCAGGAAGUGUUGAAGAGGCCUGAUCAUCCGUUCCGGUGCUCACAGUGUGCCACUGACUUCUCUUCUGUUUGGAAAUCAGAGAAGAAUGAGAAAAGUGGAGAACCACAAGUGAUGUGUGAGCAAUGCAUGACAACCACUGUGAAGAAAGCACUCAAGGCAGAGCACACCAACCGUCUCAAGUCUGCAUUUGUCAAGGCCCUUCAGCAGGAGCAGGAAAUUGAGCAGAGGAUGGCAAGGAGUAACUCCCCCCUUACUCCACCCCCAGCCCAAUGCAUGCCUCCAUCACCUGCUCCACCCCCUCCACCACCUCCACCUCCUAAGGUGGAAAAACCCCCUCCUCAGGUUCCUCAGAUGCCCAAGAUUUCUGAUCCCAAGUUCUUCAGCAGUCACAUGCUGAAUGCGGCUGCUGCUGCUCAGGCACACCAGCAACUAUUAAGAAGCAUCCCUCACUCCCCACAUCAACCACUCCCUGCUCAUCUCCUGUCACCUUUCAACCCUUUGCUUUAUCCAUAUCAACUAGCAGCUCUAGCUGCUGCUGGCGCAGGGAAAUCAUCAGCCGUUGAGCUGCAGCGGCAGACGGCAGAGCUGCAACGGCAGGCAGCUGAGCUCCAACGCCAGUAUCUCUUGGAUAUGAUUCCACCAAGCACAUUCACUCAUGGUCUCAAGGGUUGGAAGCACUGAUCAUUUCAUAAUCUGGUUUUGUUCUAAAUUUUUCUUGCUCAUUCUUCCUCAUGUUAAAAGCUGCAACUGUCUUGUAUGAUCACAUUGUAAAUGUUGGGAUUCAAUUGAAUACACUGGAAGGUGAGAGGUUGU